GGGGCCGGAGGAAAAAGCUUUUCCAAAAAAGUAUUGGCUGUCUUGAGGAAUGCGGUCGCCCCCUUGGGAAAGUACUUAUCAGGGAGCCGCCGGCCUCUCGGACCUCGCACUCCGCCUCAGCCGCCCGUCCGCGCCCUCGUCUCGCCGCUCCGCGCCCGCGCCGCGCCCCCUCGCCCGCCGCAGCCCAGGGGCCCCUUGCCACCGCCACCAUGGACGCCAUCAAGAAGAAGAUGCAAAUGCUCAAGCUCGACAAGGAGAACGCCUUGGAUCGAGCUGAGCAGGCGGAGGCGGAUAAGAAGGCGGCGGAGGACCGCAGCAAGCAGCUGGAAGAUGAGCUGGUGUCGCUGCAAAAGAAGCUCAAGGGCACUGAAGAUGAACUGGACAAAUACUCCGAGGCUCUCAAAGAUGCCCAGGAGAAGCUCGAGCUGGCAGAGAAAAAGGCCACCGACGCUGAAGCUGACGUCGCUUCUCUGAACAGACGCAUCCAGCUGGUUGAGGAAGAGUUGGAUCGUGCUCAGGAGCGUCUGGCAACAGCUUUGCAGAAGCUGGAAGAGGCUGAGAAGGCAGCAGAUGAGAGUGAGAGAGGCAUGAAAGUCAUUGAGAGCCGAGCCCAAAAGGAUGAGGAAAAAAUGGAAAUUCAGGAGAUCCAACUCAAAGAGGCCAAGCACAUUGCUGAAGAUGCCGACCGCAAGUAUGAAGAGGUGGCCCGUAAGCUGGUCAUCAUUGAGAGUGACCUGGAGCGUGCAGAGGAGCGGGCCGAGCUCUCAGAAGGCCAAGUCCGACAGCUGGAAGAACAAUUAAGAAUAAUGGAUCAGACCUUGAAAGCAUUAAUGGCUGCAGAGGAUAAGUACUCACAGAAGGAAGACAAGUACGAGGAGGAGAUCAAGGUCCUUUCUGACAAGCUCAAGGAGGCUGAGACACGGGCUGAGUUUGCAGAGAGGUCAGUCACUAAGCUGGAGAAAAGCAUUGAUGACUUAGAAGACGAGCUGUACGCUCAGAAACUGAAGUACAAAGCCAUCAGCGAGGAGCUGGACCACGCUCUCAACGACAUGACUUCCAUGUAAAUGUUCAUCCACCCUGCCUGCUCACCCGUGCCCUCACGCUAACAUAAGUUUCUUUGCUUCACUUCUCCCAAGACUCCUUCAUCAAACUGGAUGCUCCUCUCUGAGCUGUGCAGCUUGUCUCUCCUCCAGCUGACCCUGCUCAUUUCAUUUAGCAUCCUGCCUUAGGGCCAAGCACAUCCUAUGCUGUCUAUUGUACAGAGGCUCUUCAUCUCAGUGUAAAAUAAACACGCUGCGGAAGCUA